AUGAGUGCAGAUACCUCAAACAAAGAGACAUUUCUCUCAAAAUAUGCAAACAUUAACAAAGAAUCAACUAAGUGGAAGUCGCCAUUCAGACAGGGUAAUCCAAAUGUGCAGAAUAGGACUUCUAAGACAAUUGAAGGAGAGGAUGUUGAGAUGAAUAAAAUCAAGUUGGCUAAACGCAACUUGGGUGCGAAGAAAAGAGUGAAAAAGCUCAAGGAAAAAGUUGAAGAUGUUGUUGAUGAUGCGGUGGACAAGAUACAAGGCGUUGACCAUGAUGUAUUGAAUGAGGAUGGCUCUGGCAAAACGGAUAAGAAAAAGAGCUCUUUUUUGACUGAAAAAGGGGAUGGAGAAGCCACAGAAAAGAGUGCUAUUAGUGGUAAGGAUUCCGUUGAAACAGAUCACGUGAACACUGCCGUGACCGAUGAGGAGCAAAAAGAUUCAGCAAAGGGAGAGAUAAAGAAAGAGGAAUCUUUAAGCAAUGAGAAGGACAAAGCAGCUAAAGUGCUUUCGGACUCUGAGGAGGAGGAGGUUGAACACUCCGAACUUGUGAAUGCAAUUGAGCAGCAAACAGAGGAUCAACAGUCAUUUGACAACAUUGUUAGGGAAAGUCGGUUCGCCGAUUCUUCAUCUUCAUCAUCUUCCUCUUCAUCUUCAUCAGACAAUAUUUACAGGAAAAGGGGGACUGGUGAUGUUCCUUUUACGGCAGAGUCCAGCGAUUCAGAUAGUGAUAUCGAACUUCUGUCUUCUCAGGACCCUCACCUAAAACAGUUUGGAUUGAAGCCAAAGCUGUUGAGUAGAUAUAUGAAUAAUGUUCAGAUUGCGAGAAACUCAUUGAACAAGAACAGGGUUUCAAGAAAUCACGCAUCUGUUGGUGUUGGUGCAGGGUUGUCUUUAUCUGAAGCUGAGUUGAUGGAAAUUGCGAGAAAGCGUGUGCAACCACUUCUUAGCGAAGUCGAUGCUUAUGUGAAGAAGCAGAAUAAUACGGAUCUCGAGCAGAAGAAGCAGGAGCAUGCAGAAUUCACAGAGAGAGAUAAAACUAAAGUUCAACGACUUUUGGGAAGGUACAAAAAUAAAAUCUCGAAGGAGAAUAAAAAGUUCGAGGAACAGCACAACAGAGAAAUUUCUGUGAUUGACGUCAAGGAAGAGCAAAGCAAGAGAGAAACAAAUACAUACAUUGCCAACGUUAAGGAUGCAAUUGAAAAAGAUGCCGAGGAAGCUAAGAUAACAGAGGAAAAUGCUCAGAAAUUGCAUGAGGAUCAUAUUCAGCAAAUUAUAUCUGAUUCCGAUGAAACAAAAAAGCAAAAGUUGGACGCUUUAGAAGGUGUCAAAGAGUCUAAGAACAAGGAAACUGCUGAUGCAGCAAAAUUUGAUGAAGAUGGUCAAGCUUUACAGCAGGAAGCAGACACGAAAGAAAAGGAGUUGCAAGAUAGAAAUGUGCAAAUUGAGGAGAUUGUGAAAAAGCUUAAGGUCGCUAUUGCUGCCAAACAUUCGAGUGUCAACGAGACUCGUGAUGCUGUUAAGCGGAAGAAGAUGUUUGCUCGUUCAUUAACAAUCCUCAGCCUAAAGCAAGGCCGAGCUGAAUCGAACAAUAAUGUGCUCAGAAGCCAUUUGAAUACUAUAAGAAAGCAGGUUGAAGAACAUAAGGAAAAGCUGGACGAACUUUCUAAAAUUUCCAAGGAAAAGCUUCCAGCACAGCGUAAGGAAGCAAUCUCUGCAAAGGAAGACUGGGAGGCAUAUUCGAGAGAGGUUAAGGGAAGAGAAGCCAAAAAGCAAGAGGAGAUCAGGGUCAAAAAUGCAGAAGAGAGAAAAAGAUUAAAGGAGGAGGCAGAACUAAAGAGAACCCAGGAGGAAGAGAGCAGAAAAAUUGAACUUGAGGAAUCGAAAAAGAGGAUCGAGCACAAGAAGCUAAUCAUCCUGCAGCAGAAAGAAGAGCAGAAAAAAAUUAAAGAGGAAAGGAAGAAUCAGAAGAAACUGGAAAGGCUUAAGUCAAAAAGGCACUCUUUCGGUCUUAAUUUUGCAAGUCUCGGAGCCGGCAUUGGAUUAGGUGGAGCUGCUAUUGCAGGUAAAACUGCAGAAACAGGUGUUAAGGCAACAAAGGGUACGAUUGAGCUUUCGGGUCAGGCUGGAAAGCAAAUAUCCAACCUUGCGGAGACUCAUUCAAAGUCUGUUUCAAAACCAAAGACAGAUACAGAGCCUUUUACUGCUGAAGUAAACGAAACUUCCGCAAUAAAUGAUGCAAGCAAUGCCGCUCCAAAAGAAUCACGUACGACGGAAGAGACUGAGACUGAAUCUUUGGAAUCUCGGCGUUCGAAAUCGAAUCCAGUAUUUACGGAAGUUGUUGAUGCAAGAUCGACUGUUGCACCUUCCACAAUGGCACCAAGUUCCUAUGAUGAGGUUGUUUCGUACGAACCGAUUUCGAAGGAAGAGUAUGAGGCACAUAAGGAGGAUCCAAAUUAUAUGGUUUUAUGA